UUCACUUGGGAUAAGUGUAACGAUGAGUGUGAGGUGGUUGGAGGUAGUGAAAGUUAAUGGAUUACCAGCAACAAGCAGACUUGAAGGCACAAAAAUCAUAUUUCUGCUCUCCCAAACAGAAGUGUUCUCUAAAUAAAGGUUACAGGUGAAAUAUGGAGCCAGGCAAAACCUGCAGUUUUUAUGUUAAGCGAAAAAAGAGAUACUGCAAAAUGUUGGUUAGAGCAGGACAGAGCUACUGCGGACAGCACCUGGUCGAGGAACAUGUUAAUGGGGAAACUAACCAACUCAAGAGAAUUCCUUGCCCAUUAGAUCCCAAACAGGUUGGCACUAGAAGCUUUCUUUGGGCCCAUGGUGACUUAUUUUGCAGUUACAAGAACAAAAAACACUGGGAUAAGGUGAAAUGUACCGAAUGUAUGCGUGGAUGCGACUGCACUGGCUGGCUUGUAAACACUGGCACCCACGGGGCAGCUGAGGCCACACGUGGGAUGCGUCCCAGACGAAUCCAACACCUGGCCAUUUGUAAUGCUCGGGAGAAGACCGGUUUGUCGUAUAUGAGUCGCAACAUCAACCUCAGACCUGGUGACCAGGAGGAACCUCCAAAAACUUCAUUAUCUUCAUUAUCGGACCCAGCAGCUCUUGUCUCCUUCAUAACACGAGUUGAAGCAGCGCACAGAGAUUUAGAACGACCUUUUGGAAUGGAUUAA